GCGCUCACACAGUCUAAGGCUUGCCGCUCACACAGUUAGAGGCUGCGCGCUCACACAGUCUGAGUCUGCGCGUUACACAGUCUGAGGCCGCGCAUUACACAGUCUGAGGCUGCGUGCUCACACAGUCUGAGGCUGCGCGCUCACAAAGACUGAGGCUGUGCGCACUCACACAGACAGAGACUGUGCAUUCAAACAGACAGAGGCUGCACGCUCACAAAGACAGAGGCUGCACGCUCACAAAGACAGAGGCUGCGCGCUCACAAAGACAGAGGCUGCGCGUUCACAUAAACAGUUUGCGCACUCACACAGACUGAGGCUGCACGCUCACAAAGACAGAGGCUGCGCGUUCACAUAAACUGAGGCUGCACGCUCACGCAGUCUGAAGCUGCGCGCUCACACAGUUAGAGGCUGAGCGCUCACACAGUCUGAGGCUGCGCAUUACACAGUCUGAGGCUGCGCGCUCACACAGACAGAGGCUGCGCGCUCACACACAUAUCAGCGAGAUUUCAGAGCCGGAUAUUAUCUAACGUGGCCAGACACUCACCGGUUGCCCUUCAGAGAGGUCUCCAAUGGCCGAAAACCCUCUUGUGUGGCUGUGACAGAAGGGAGACACACACACACACACACACACACACACACACACACACACACACACACACACACACGAAACGUCAUCAACAUUUUCCUGUAGUUAAAUGGUCGAGACCGAGUAGGUCACCGGCGAAAAAAGGAGGAUUAAAAAAACGAUAUUCAAAGAACUAGAAGGAUUCUUUUAAAAUAAGGAACCGACAUAUACUGGAUUAGGCUUUCUAAAUGGGGGAUUACAGUUUUGGAGUCCUGGUUAAAAACAACACAUCUAACAAAGCAGUUUUCCCAGUCAGAAUCCACCCGCACCUGCAACAUCCGGUCCACCAGCCAUCAAGCCCACCUGCUUUCAUAAACAAUACUCCGAGCAGUGGUGGGAAUGCAGGGUCGACUUGGCUUUUUCCUGCCGUAACAGCCCAUGCUAAUACGCAAGAUGAGAUACUGGAGUCUGACAAAUCUAAGGCCCAACAGCAGCAACAAGAAGACCAAGAAGGACAGGAAAAGCGACCUCGGACGCCUCAGGGCCACCAAGAGACUGUGAACAUCAUGUCUGAACUGGAAAACUCCAUGCCAGAGGAAGGUCAGCUGGACAAGGGGGCUGUAGAAAAUGGCAAUGGAAAAGAAGGUCUCCGGAUUGAAUCUCCUGUGUUAUCUGGGUUUGACUACCAAGAAUCAGCUGGCAUUGGGACGUUGGCACAUUCCAGUAGCUCCUCUUUGCCUGGCUUCAGCAGCUGGUCCACGGCUAUUCCCGCCAACCCUUCUGCCAUGAUGGAAGAGGUGGGUUUCUUUAGCCAAACUGCCACCACUGCUAAUGCUGCCCCUCCAUUGCUGUUCCAAAACUUCUCUCAUCACGCAAGUCCUGGGUUUGGGGGGAGUUUUUCCCAUCAGAUCGGACCACUGUCCCAGCACCAUCCUCCUCCUCACUUCCAGCACCCUCACAAUCAGCACCAGCAGAAUCGCAGAUCCCCUGCCAGCCCACACCCUCCUCCAUUUAACCACCGCAAUGCUGCGUUCAGCCAGCUCUCUCAUUUGGGGAAUAACCUAAAUAAACCACCUUCACCAUGGGGAAAUUAUCAGAGUCAGUCCUCUACCCUUUCCUCCAACUCUUGGAGUCCAGGUGGAGGUUAUGGAGGGUGGGGAGGAUCUCAGGGGCGAGAAUACAGGCGAGGCCUGAAUGGAGGCAUGACUGCAAUUAACUCCAUUUCACCCCUAAAGAAAUCCUUCCCAAACAACCAGGCUUCUUCACAGAAAUACGCCCGUAACAGCUCAAGCUUCAACCCCAAGCCAUGGAUGGAGGACAGCAUAAACCGCAAUGACAGCUUCUUUCCUUUUCAGGAGCGCAGUCAGUCCUUUGAUGGCUUCAGCAUGCACUCUCUGGAGAACUCACUGAUUGACAUUAUGAGAGCUGAGCAGGAUUCUUUGAAAGGUCGCUUUGGCUUUUCUCAUCCACCUGAAGAAGGCUCUCUCUCUGGAAAUGCAAGGAAUUUUGGAAGACGACGAGGUCCUUCGUCCCUGUUCCCUAUGGAGGACGAGCGCAGUUUUGGGGAUGAUGAGCGGUCUGAGCAGAGCCUUGGUGGUCUGGGUUCCACACACUGCUUUCCUCAUCAGAACGGCGAACGUAUCGAGCGAUUCUCUCGCAAAGUGUUUGUUGGUGGACUACCUCCAGAUAUAGACGAAGAUGAAAUCACUGCUAGUUUCCGUCGGUUUGGACACUUGUUUGUGGAUUGGCCUCACAAAGCAGAGAGCAAAUCCUACUUUCCACCCAAAGGUUAUGCGUUUCUACUAUUUCAAGAGGAGAGCUCAGUUCAGGCAUUAAUCGAUGCCUGUAUGGAGGAGGAAGGGAAACUCUACCUGUGUGUGUCGAGCCCUACCAUCAAAGAUAAGCCUGUACAAAUCCGUCCAUGGAAUCUGAACGACAGUGAUUUUGUGAUGGAUGGCUCUCAGCCUCUGGACCCCAGGAAAACCAUCUUCGUUGGAGGAGUGCCGCGACCUCUUCGAGCAGUGGAGCUGGCGAUGAUAAUGGACAGGCUGUAUGGAGGGGUGUGUUAUGCUGGCAUUGACACUGACCCUGAGCUGAAAUAUCCUAAGGGAGCCGGACGCGUGGCCUUCUCCAACCAGCAGAGCUACAUCGCUGCUAUCAGCGCUCGAUUUGUGCAGCUGCAGCAUGGCGAAAUUGAUAAACGGGUGGAAGUGAAGCCAUAUGUUCUGGAUGACCAGCUGUGUGAUGAGUGCCAGGGCACACGCUGCGGGGGCAAGUUUGCACCCUUCUUCUGUGCCAAUGUCACCUGUCUGCAGUACUACUGUGAAUACUGCUGGGCAGCCAUACAUUCGCGUGCAGGGCGAGAGUUCCACAAGCCCUUGGUGAAGGAGGGAGGAGACCGGCCUCGCCAUAUCUCCUUCCGCUGGAACUGACCCAGCACACAGGAUGACUGACCUAGCAUACAUGCACUUUUUCUUUUUUGUUACAUUCUUUCUAUUUAGAUUUCUUUUUAAAGUUUAAAAAUUAAUUUAUUCUAAGUUUUUAAUUUUUGGAAAUAAUGAUGAUAAAAGAAGUAUAUAUAUAUAUAUAUAUUUUUUUUUUUGCCGGACCGCCGAGUAGGUCGACCAAGAAUAUUAAAUAUCCCUAAUUGACUGAAUGACUGACUAAUUGAUUCCUUAUUGUUGAAUCACACAUGCAAAAAAAUCUUAAAUGAUUUUAAUGCAGUGUAAAUGACAAUUUUUGAGGUCACAUGCAAGACAAUAGUUUAAAAACUGAAAACACUGCAUGCAGCAAUACAUGGCUGCCAUACACUGGUUCUCUGCUAUUCACAGGCAGAUACUUAUACAGACACCUAAACUGAUCGAUCACAUCCAAGAAUGAUUAUUUUCUUUGGCAUUUGUUGACUUAUAACCAACAGGGCCAAGUUUACACUUAAAAAUGAACAUAUCAUAUACAUAUAUACAUACAUACAUACAUAUAUAAAAUCUCUGCCACAUUAGAUAUUAUGAAAUAGUGUUCAACUUAUUUGUCCAGAUUAAAUUUGUUCCUUUCACCACUGUAUCGCCAUGGUGAUAUGCUUAGCAUAACGAUAUUGGUACAUUUGUGCAACAUAGCUAAUAAAAGCUAUCUUAUUAGAAAGAAAAACACUAGAAACCUGGAAUAGGCCAAGCAAAAUGCUAUAUACCAGGAAUAUGGGAUCUAUAUUCCUAUAGUUCCAUUAUCUACAUUUUAUGUAACAUACAUUUAAGAUAUUUAAGUCGGAAAUCUUUAUAUUAUGUGUCAUUGACAUUCAACAUGAAGGAAGAGAGAGGUCACCUGGAACCUGCAUGAAUAAAUUGGCCAGGGAAUCACCCUGUUGGCUGCAUUUGCGGUCCGGCUAACCUAGAUUAAUGAAGUUUUAAUUCAAUGAACGUCUUAAUUUGGUGUGCAUGAAAACUUGAAUGCUUUAGAAUUAGUCACUAUAGGUGUUUAGAGUGACGCCUCUAAACUGCUGUCUUACUUUUAUCAUACUACUGUUGAGACCUUGCCUUUUUGUUGUGAUGGGUUGCAUUAGGCACAUGGACAGAACUACAUGUUAAAAACGUAGUUGACUUGGUAGAGAAAUGAGGCAGGAUCUUUAAAGGUGCACAUUUCACUGUAAUUAAAAAAAAUUAAAUAUGGUGUUGACUAGUUUUGAGACCGUAAGCUCAAAUAGUUGCACAAAUAAACACGUAGUAACUAUUCUAGCAAGAAACACUCGGACCUUACUAGCAAGAGACCAAACCUACUGUAAAACUAACAAGAUGCAGGUUUUUAAAAGGCUGUUUGAGCAUCACUGGCAUGUUUAGGUGGAAUUGCGUUGGCCACUGAGGCAGACAUAUUGCUAAUAGUCUACAUAAUUAUGCAUAUUAAUUUUUGCUCACUGCAGGCACUUGCAAUCACUUUAACAUCAUCUUGGAUUUUACUCACAUGAUAGGCUCAGUAUAUGUCUAAAGAUCUCAAGGAGUAAGCACACUUUUUGUGUCGCCUGUUCCGCAAGUCAGACUGACCAAAGAUAAGUCUUAGAGAUAACAAAUGUCUUCACCUCCCUGAAAUUACUGUUGUGUAAAAUAAGUAGGGCAGACUAGUAUUCAUGUCAUGUGAUUUAAAAAAAAACAAAAAAAACACACAUCUAAUAAGAUUACUUAAGAAUAAUAAUGCUUGUGAUGGUAACAGCAGUAACAUUGCUCACUUGUCAGGGAAUUUGUGCAAAUAUUGUAGUGCUAAUGAGAAUUACCAUGUGGUGUAUUGAUAGUGCUUUAUUGCAUGUUUUUUUCCCAAGAAUUUUUGCCGUUCUAAUUGAGCAGUGUAGUAGCUGAACGCGUUUUGAAGAAUUUUCUGUCACAGAGAAACGGAUAUUGUUUUAUACAUGGUUUGCUAAUUUUUGUACUGUGUUUUCUAGAUGGUUAUUUUCUCAUUAACAUAAACAUAUGCACUACUUUUUCUAUAUAUUUUUUCCCCAAGUCAUUUAGGCACUUUUUUUCCACAAACAAAAUGUCUUUUUGCAAUACCUCAUUUUUUUUCCUCGAUUGUUGGGUAUAGAUUUUGUACCUUUGUUAUGAAGACACCUGGAAAUAAGGCAAAAAUUAAGAAAAUAAAAAAAAAUGUAAGGCAUUAAUAAUUUUCAAUUAAGUUUUUUAUAAAUAUAAUCACGGAAGUAAAUAUUGACAUAAAAAGGAGGAACCCUUUUAGAAAUAUAUAAAUUACCAAUCUGCUGUCCAUAGUGAUUGUGGAAAUAAAAUUAUGAGCAAUGUAAAUAAGGUUUAUGAUAGACUGUACUUUGUACCACAAUUAGGAAUGUUCCAUAGUGAAAUAUCAAUGCUUAUCACUAUAGAAGUAUAUAUGAGUGUACUGUACCACGACUUGUACACUACCUGUCAAAAGUGGAGACACACCUGCUUGCACAUUAUUACUACUGUAUACUAUUUUUGACUAUUUUCAAAAAAUUAUGAGAACAUUAUAAUUAACACUAAGAAAUAAGUUUUAAACAAACCAAACUCUGAUUUUGCACAGAAUUUCUUUAACCGGCUUUUUAGGAGCAUUUCUUAAAGUUCCUCGAGAGUUCCUAAAGGUCCUCACUGUUUCUCUGAAGUUCAUAAUUACAGUAUUUUUAUAUUUUUAGUUCAAUUUUGAAAUGUUAAUGUUAAAUUCAUUCAGAAAUCUAUUUCAAUGAUUAAAUUUUUCCACUCAUGCUUGUCUUAGAAACUUUUUUUUUUUGUAUCAAAAUUUUGAAAAAGACGAAUGAAAAAUCGUGUGCAAACUUUUGACUGGUAGUGUAUUUACAUAAUAAUACGUAUAAACCCGAAUGCAAAAGAGGCUAAUAUAUGUAUAAUAAUAUGCAUGAGCUAAAUUUAUGCUAAUAUGGUAUGAUACGGCUUCAGUAAAAUUACAAUUAUAUUUUAUGUAACUUCUUCCAACCUCACUGAAUUAUAGCUUUCUUAGUCUCAAGAUGGGUAAACUACAAUAUAAGCUCUCUCCAAUAUACUCCAACAUUCAGAAUCCCAGACCUCAGAAAAAAAAAAAAGACUUUUUUCUUUCUUCUUAUUUCAUAAAGCCCACAGUGAUUCGGGCCUCUGAGACUUGAAUGUGAUAUAUCUUGCAAAAUAACCUCAAAUUAUGUGCAAUAUGGUUGACUCUCCAAAACCAAUCUCUGCAGUGUAUUUCUUCAGUUGCUCACAGACCCACCUCUUCUCAUUAUUACCUUUUCUUCAUUCUCUGAUUUGUACUAAAAUGCCACUAAUAUUUUUAAAAAAAAAAAAAAAAAAAAAAAAAAAGGUUAUUUUUUACUUUUUUGUGUAUUCACAUAUUUUCCUACUUAAUUUUAUGCUACUGUGAUUAAAAUAACUGUAAAUAUUCAGUGACGAACGUACGAAACGUUAUAUUUUCAAUUGGAAUGUUGAACUCUCGUCUUUCAAACAUAACUAUAGCGAUUGGUAAAAAACUGUACACUUAUUAGAAUUCCAAGUUUUAUUAAACACAAUAUUGUGCAUCAUGUCUACAGAAAAAUAAGAAAAGUAUCCGAAUAUUCUUGGUGUAACUGCUAAUUUAAAUUGACAGUUUAUAACUAUCAGAAGGUUGUAUUUAUCAAUAGAUUUUUAUAAGAGGUCUAAUUUUUUGCUAUGCCAUUUAUAAGUUUAGAUUUUACUUUUUUUUUUUUCUUUCUUUUUCUUUUUUUAUAUAUAUAUUUUACCACCAUAUGGAAUUGUGAGAAAGAAAUCAUUGUUUUCUAGUCAGGUUAGUCAGUGUGCUGUUGUAGUUGAGUCCCGCGUCUUAAUUAUUUGCAGCCAGCUAUUUAUAACAGUAUGCCUAAUUUUUAAGUAUUUGUAUUGUGAAAUGUUGAAUGAAUAAACUUAAUAGCAAGAACA